GGUGAAAAUAAAUAUUUGACAUGGAUUCAAAUGAAUUUGAAGGAAAAUGUCAAUGUCAAUCAUAACGUCUUGAUUUUGAAAUUUGAAACGAAAAUUGAUAGAAAAUCCGUUGCCUUCUUGAAAUGGAUCAAGUGUUUAAUUUCGAUAAAAGUUUACAACAACGAUUAAAAGAAUACAAAGAUGUAUUUGACGGCUUCGAAAUACUUCCUGCAUCGGGAUUGAUGAAGGAAUGGGGCUUUUACUUGGAACUAACUUUAGACCCAAAUGGCUGGCAAGCAGUUUGGAAAAUAUCGAGAACAACAUGCGAUUCCCUGAAGAUACCAUUUCCAACAAUCGUAUUAGUAAUAGUUUUGGAUGUGGAUUUCACUUCCUUACAAGCUUUAGUUAAAGUGAUUGCAGUGCAAGAUGAAAGUCAUGUUAUACCAGAAAAACAUUACGUACCCUUAAUACAGUUGUGGCCUACGAAAGCUCAGGAUAAAACUGUGGCUCUCAAUUUGUCGUCAACAGCAAAUGUCAUCGAUAUGGUGCGAUUUUUUUAUAUUCAUUUAUUCAUGCCAUGGGAUUUCGAUGAUGAUGAUAAUGCUGACUGGAGAUCUAAACAUUUAGAGUCAAGACUGAGAUUAUACUAUGAUAUGAAAAAUGGAGUUAUUCCGAAAGCAACCUCCCUACGUUUGAAUUCCUUAUUAACUGAAGCUCGUAGAAUGCAGAAUAAGAAAGAACUAAUUGAAUUAGAAUUGGAGGAAACAGCAAUUGCCGAAGAUUCUAAUGGGAAAUAUAUAGAUGAACUGACUGAUAUUCAUUUGAGAUUGAUGGAAAUAAAAUGCGAAGUAGAAAUCUUGGAAAAUCCCUUACUUAGAAAAGCUUUCCUGAGACGGCAACAACAACUUCAACUUGUAAAUACUGAAGAUGUUCAAGAACCUAGAAUAUGGCUUAUUCAAGAAAAUGGCCAAGUAGAUAGUUAUUUAAAGUUCUUAGAACAAGUAAAAAUGUUAUAUCCAAAUGAGAAAGUUAUUGUGCAGCCAAACCUAUCCCAAACUCUUGAAAAUGGGGGUCCUAAUGAUUCCUUCAUUUUGAGUGAGGGAAAGUAUGAAGUUAAUGUUAUAACUACUUUAGAAAAUGGAGUGAUUUUGAAAGGUAUAGGCAAUAGGGAUAAUAUUAUACUUGACUCAAUGUUAGACGAUAUCAUGUUGGACUUUCAAGUAGACCAUUGUUUAGUAGAAAAUGUCACUCUUAACGCUAGCGCAUCUCAAUGUGCAGCUGUUAUUCGUAAAGGAAAGGUAACAUUUUCUAACUGCAAAAUUAUUGGCGACGGUGUGUCAACCAUUCAUCAAGGAAUCAUAGUACUGGCAGGUGCUGAGCUGGAAUUGAUAAACUGCGAAAUGUAUGGUUUCUAUAUAGCCCUUGUAGGAAACUCUGGAUCAAGAGUAACAAUGCAAAACACGGAAAUUCACAAUGUGCAUUACGGAUUGAAGAUAUACGAUAAUUCCCUGAUUAAUGUGCACAAAUGCACAUUCAGGAAUUGUAAGGAUUAUGGAGUUUGUGUGGAAACUGAGAAAAGCUUGUCAGGGGAAAACCACAAAAUUGGAGAUUUUGAUGUACUCAAUAUAAUACCUCAAGUAACGACAGAGUUUGUGAGUGGUGUGAAUAAUGGGAAAGGUGAUGUUCUUAUCAAUCGUGCUUCUCAAAUUAACGCUGUCGAAGAUCUUUUCUCCAAAUGUGAUCCAACAGUUUCAAUGGAAGCUUCAGACGAAGACAUGAUGGCUGAAGAUGAUGGAACUGGGGAUAUUGGCAGCGAAUUCGAUAAAACUGUUAUUGAAAAUAAUCGAAAUAUGUCUCCAGCCACUGUUUGAGGUUAUGGCUGCCAAUUUUGUGAUAAUUUGGAAUGUGGAAAGUGCAUAUACUUUACGUUUUGUUUUUUUAAUGAAAUUCAUUAGUUUCUCACAUGGAAAUUAGGAGAAGAAAUAUAUUUUCUUUAUUAUUGUUAUGUAUGAUGUUUUUAUUGGUUCGAUCUUAUUAAAUUAUAUCACUCUUC